AUGGACAAUCGCUCCAGUGUCUCCGAUUUCUUCCUCUUAGGCUUUCCUGGAUCCCAAGAGCUACACUACAUUCUCUUUAUGAUAUUCCUUUUGUUGUAUUCAGUGUCAUUACUGGGAAACACGAUUAUCAUCAUGAUCGUCUGUGUUGACAAACGUCUUCUGUCCCCCAUGUAUUUCUUCCUCAGCCAUCUCUCUGUCCUGGAGAUCCUGCUCACAACUACCAUUGUUCCUGUGAUGCUUUGGGGGCUGUUGGUCCCUGGUACCCAGAAAAUACCUCUGAAUGGCUGCAUUGCCCAACUUUUCUUGUAUCUCUCUCUGGGGACCGCUGAGCUUGUCUUGCUUGGGUCGAUGGCUGUGGGCAGUUACGUGGCCAUCUGUAACCCUUUGAGGUUCAACAUCACCACGAGCAGCCGCACCUGCCUUUGGGUGGUAAUUGUGUCCUGGGUGUUUGGGUUCCUUUCUGAAAUCUGGCCCGUCUAUGCCACAUUUCAAUUCACUUUCUUGAAAUCAAAUCUAAUAGACCAUUUUUACUGUGACCGAGGACAAUUGCUCAAACUCUCCUGUGAUGACACUCUUUUCACAGUCUACCUUUUUCGAAUGGCUGUUUUCAUUAUCAUUGGUUCUUUGAUCCCUACAAUCAUCUCCUAUGCCUACAUCAUCUCCACCAUCCUCAAGAUCCCCUCAGGCUCUGGCCGGAGGAAAGCCUUCUCCACCUGUGCUUCCCACUUCACCUGUGUUGUGAUUGGCUACGGCAGCUGCUCUUUCCUCUUUGUGAAACCCAAGCAAACGCAGGCAGAGUACAACAGGGUAGCCUCACUGCUGGUUUCCGUGGUGACUCCUCUGCUGAAUCCAUUCCUCUUCACCCUCCGGAAUGACCAAGUCAAAGAAACCCUUUGGGGUGGAGAAAAGUGCUGCUGCCAGCUCCUCCAUGAUUAG